AUGGCAGAAGAUGUAGCCAGCAACGAGCCGGAGGAGGAGUUGCGCGAACAAGGCCGAGAUGAAAAGCAGCCUUCAGCAGCAUUUGCAGCCGACGCUGACGCUCCGGCAGAGGAAACCGCACUUAAAGGACGGCAACAGCUGCUGGAACGGCUCCAAGCGACCCUGGACAACCUCACAGACCUGAAGCAGUUGGAAGAGGCAGUUCGAACCGUCGAGAAGCUCCAGUCGGAUCGGGCAGGGCGGCAGCCAGCACUCAUUCGUCAGUUAGCCUUUUACUUCUCGGAUGCCAAUUUGCGCCGCGAUUGGUUCUUGCGGAAAGAGAUCGGAGCUUCGGAAGAAGGAUAUGUGAAGAUCCCCGUGAUUCUCCCCUUCAAGCGACUUCAUCUCAUGGGUUGUUCGACGGCCGCUGAAAUUGUAGCGGCCAUCGAGGCCGCAGAUCCGAAGUUCAAUUUGGAGCUUUCCGACGCACGGGAUGCUGUGCGGCGCACUGGCGGGGCCGCUUUGCCACCUCCGUGUUCUGGCGGCCCCGGUAGCGACUUUGAGAAGCGAGCUGUGCAGCUGACGGGUUUCACGCCAGGUGAUGAGUCGGUGGGCAUCGAGUCCAUGACGGGGCUGUGCGCGAAUUUCGGACCGGUCUUCUUCGUGAAGCUGCAUCGGGAGAGAACACCGGAUGUGAAUGGCGAGAAUCCGUUCAACGGAACUGUGCAGGUGGAGUUCGAAAGCGAGGAGUCAGCGGUGUCAAUAGUGGCUAUGGAGCAUCAUCUCAUGUGGAAGGACCAGAAGAUCCAAGCGCUGGAACCUCACUUCUGGAACGCCUCGAUGGGCUUCGUUGGUGCUUUUAGUUCGGAGCUGGUUGAGCUUCACCCCAAGACUGCUUGGCGUGGACACCGCGACGCUUUUGCUGCAGCUCAUCUGAUCUUGUCGGGUGGGGACCGGAAUAUGGGCCAGAUCGGGUGGGAGGGCGUUAUGGCAUUGGCACAUGGGCCGCCGCUGCCAGUCGUUUGCUGGUUGGCGCUGGCACGCAGCUGCACGGGAGAUUGGCGUGCAAUGCAGCGGCAUGUCAAGGCCGUCUACAAGGAUGCCUUUGCAACCCAGCGCAGUCUCGAUCGGCUUAUAGCUGAAGAGAGGUUUAGGGCGGCCGUGCUGCGGCUGAGCUGGCUGGCCGGUGUCGAUGCAGAAGAGCUGCUGAUGCCAGAAUUAGCAAACUCUGUCUACAUUUGGGCUCACCUGGGCAAAGCUGCAAAUGCGCCCAAGCCGAGAAGAAGAUCGGAGCACGUGCAGCAGCUGGCCCGAGAAUUCGCAAACGGAGUGGCCACGACAGGGAUCCAGGAAGCCAUGCGCCUUGAGCUCAAAGCAGUCGAGGCUGCUAUCCGCAUUCGCCUGGCCCUGGGUGGAAGCCUCGAGGAGGUCACACUAUUGAACAUGGUGCCAGCAGAUACGCCAGGCAAGCUGGAUGGUCGAGCAUUGAUUGCUUGUACACGGCCGCGUGGGCUGACAGAGGCCACUACCUUAAUGUGGGCCACGCGCCAAGGAGUGCGAUGGGUGCAAGCGAUUCUCCGACUGGGUGCUAGUGCCUCCAAGGUGACUCCAAGUGGCUGGUCCGCGCUUCUCUACGGUGCAGCUUUCGAGUCCCGGAAGAUGACAGCAGAUGGGUCGUCAGAUUCAGGCGAUGCGAGCUACGGCGGUUACCGUCACCGAACGCGCGGCGUUGUUGGCCCUCUGAUCGACGCUGGGGCAGAUCCGAAUGCUCGCACCUUGCAGCUCAAGGCGUACCAGAGCGCCUUCUCCCCAUCACCAUUGGCCUGCCAGUUCGUCUGCGCAUCUGAUAUUGCCUGGGCAGAAAGUGCUGUCAAUUCCGGAAAAGAGCUUGCCAUGGAUGGUUGGAUGGUGAUGAGCGUCAGAACUCGUUUCAGUUCUGCUCAUCCGGGCUUGGAGGAAGAUGCAGAGGAAGCAGCCCGGUACGAGGAACGGGGUCUAGUCUUGCGCUUUGACGACGUUCCUGCGUCGGUGUCGUGGCGAGACUUAAAGGAAGGGCUCUCGCCGUACGGCAGGGUGAGAUUCGUGCGGUUCUGCACCGAGGAGGACAAGCGCUUCGCGCUUGUGCAGAUGAAGGACGAGGAGGGAAUCUUCGCCAUCCUUGGCUGUGCCAAGGAGGAUUCCCCCUCUUCUCGCGGACGAGGGCUUCCUUUGCGUGCAGUGCCGGGCCUGAAUUGGAUUCUGGUACUCGGCCUCGCAGCGCUGUCUCCGUUUGCGAGACAGUACGAAGUAAAGCACCCUGGAGUACGCAGAAUUGUUCCACAGCUCCCAACUCCACACGCCAAUGUGCAAGAAGAAGUGGGCUUAUGCUUAUCGAUCUCGGGUACUGUCAGCCUUUUCGUCUCUCCAAGCUGGGACUCUUCCAGUCGUGGAAGCAACACGGCCGGUUCUGCUUCACUGACGCGGGCCGGUUACAGGGGCGUCUCUAGAAAGGCUUUUGAAGGCUUGUUUGUUGCCAAGAAGCCAGAGAAGACCUCAGAAGCGCAGGCCCCGAAGGCAGAGGCAGGCUCUGGCGGCUCCAGGGGCGGCUCAGGCAAAACGGGUUCGCAAGCUCCGCCCACGUCGCAACAGCGGCAAGCUGCCAGCCGUGCCAGCCCACAGGAUGAGGCAAACGGCAUGUCCAGUUUUGCUGCUCUGAUGCAGAAGAAGCCACCAGGAGUUCAGACCCCGCCAUCUGCAGGGCUUCCCGCACAGACGCGACCCGCCCCACGACCCCCUGUCUCUGCACAGAAAGGCCCUAACGGCUCCGGCUUCACCUCGCAAAGCCCGCCUGUUCCGACACAGACGAGGCAAACCUCAUCAGGCUUUCCGUCAGCAAUGCCGCCCAGCUCGUCAGGGUUUCCUGCAUCCCAUGGCACGCCGUCGGGUUUUCCCAGACAGCCAACUGCAGAGGCCCAGGUGCCGACUGGAUUUCCGUCCCCACCCAAGCCACCAGACAAGCCGCCUAGCUUCCAACCGCCACAACCCCAGCCCAACUCCGCUCCGCCAGUCACAAAGCAUGCAGCCAAGAGCCCAGCGCCCCCGGCACCUCCCAAACACCCCAGACCGAGCCCGCCACCGUCGCAACCCAAGGAGGCCAAAGCGCCGACAUCGUCACCUGGUGUUUCUGACACAUCUGGUGCAUCUUCUCAGCAGACGGCAGGUGCUCCUGUCAAUGGAGCAACAAAGCCGGACGACUCCAGCUUCUACGCCAUUCUUGGAGUGGCUGAAGGCGCAGCUCUGCCAGAGAUAAGGGCUGCAUACCGUCAGGAAGCUCGCAAAUCGCAUCCAGACCUCUUCCGAACGGCGUCGCCCGAGGAGAGGGAGGCCGUCGCAGAGCGCUUCUCGCAGGUCAACAACGCCUUUGACAUCCUGAGUGAUCCCGCCAAGAAGCAAGCCUAUGAUUUGCGAGGUUUGGCUGGCCUCGCAGAGUUUGAGUUCGAUGGUGAGCGAAUAAUCAUGCCGCCACCAUGGCGAGUCCGUAUAGGCCACACAGGGCAUCAUUUCUGGAAGAGGAAGGAGUACUUCGUUGGGUUGAUGAUGGAGACGAUAGACAUCCCCGUUUCGGUGAUCGUGAAAGCUUAUGACGAGGCAACGAAAGAUCCUCCAGGAGUUGGCCAGGCCAUCCUCGUGGAGAGGUGUACAGAGGCCCGUGCGCUCGACAUCACAGAGGAGCUGGAAGAGUACGGGAUCAUGUGCUUGGCAGAGGAGGUUCCGGAUGAAGAGUUUGAAGAGCAAGCAGAUGUCAUCAGCAUCCUUUUGCCGGUCGAGUGCUGGCCGAGUGGUCAUGCUCCCGAGGGCCGCAAGCGGAAGAGACGAAGGCUGGAGACGGAGAAGGCUCAGGUCCCCGAAGCGUUGCCCCCCCGGGGGGCGACGGCCGAGGCCGAGGGCGCGCCGGGACCUCCGCUGCCGGAGGAGGAGAAGCCGUUGGCCGAAUCCGUGGCUGCAAAUCCGGAGGCAAAAGAGGAAGACGAGGACCUUCCUUUGGAGGAGCUGGCGAAGAGCGAAGGCAGUGGCGAGGCCGAGGCCAAGGACGAGGCCGAGUCGGUUGAGCCCGUCGCUGAGGGGGCUGGUAUGGAACUGGACGCGGCAGCAGAGGACGUAUGCUUGCAAUUUAUGUUGGCUUUUUUGGGGGCCAGGGUCGGGCCUACUACGGUUACUACGGACAUGCUCGACCUGAUCACCCUUGUCUCGGCAGUUGGCCUGCAGAAGGAGCUGACAAACAGAAAGCACGGCGAGCCGAUCAUCCGUGAGGAUAACACCGACUUCGUGGCCUCUGCUGCGGAGUCGCUGUCCGCGGCCUUUGACCGCUUCGAGGGCGCUCUCGCACAGGGCGUUGCUCUUGUCCUUCCUGCGGAUAAGCCUGCAAUGCCACCAAAGAAGGCACAGUUGUCCGUGAUCUUGGCGGGUGGUGCAGUUUUCUGUUGCGCUUUGCUUCGUUUUGUCACUUGGUGA